AAGAGAUGGAAUCAUCCUAGCCGCCCUGAUGAACAGACCCUGGGCUGCCUGGAUAGAUGGGAGCCAGAACAUCAUUAUGCAAGACCAGUAAAUUGUGAUCUAACCUGGCACUACCUAGAUAAACUUCUUUGCUUCUUGUGCUUAAUCUCGGACGUCUCGGCCGAGUAUUCCUUAACUUAUCUAAUUCUCUGCUUACUUUGUUCUUACACUAGACAUGCCCGAGCAUUCUUCGUAUGCUAUUCGUGUGAAUGACUAUCUGAGUGAGCGCUCAGUGGGCGCGGUAGCCCAGCGAUGUUAGCCAACUUGCAGGUUCCACUAUUCUCGUGUCGUAUGUAACCCUGCCGUCCUGUUAAAUCGCAGAAAACCUCGGCAUCUUUUUGUUCUGAAAGGCCAUGGCCGACCACGGGACCCCGUUGUCGGCCCACGACAACAACACCAACAGCCACAUCGCCAGCUCGACAACAGCUGGGACGGCCUCUUCCCGUAGCGUCAAGAGGCCCCGACCGGUCAAGUCCUGUAUCGAGUGCAGGAGCCGCAAGUUGAAAUGCGAUAGACUCCUGCCUUGUUCGCAAUGCCAAAAGUCAAGUCGAGGAUGUCGGUACGCCACAGAUGGCGAUGCCAACAAUCUCUCAGAAGGUUCUGAUGCCGAUACUCCUGAAAGGCCGUCAAAAAAGACUAACUUAACGACUACUCAUGAUGGGGCAACCAAAUUUCGGGACCAGACCGUCAGCGCCGCACCCAGCCUAUUGGAAGAAUAUGGGGUGAGGUUGGAUAGACUUGAAAAAGUUGUACUGUCCAGCAUGAACGCGAGAAGUCCGGUUACAGCCAAAGACUAUAGUCACCGAGCGCCCCCGCUUGCCUCUACAUCUGUCACUAUCCGUGGCCUGACCGUGAAAGGGGGACUCCGGACGAGGUUCUUCGGUCAGAAUAGCACCAGGGUACUUCUCAAUCUGUUCGACGAAGCUAAAGACUUCAUGUUCAGAAAGGACAAGCCUCUAGAGGUUCGGGAUAUAUUUACCAAUAUCCAAAAGAUCCACAAGGGUCUACAAGAAGAGCAAACGAAGGCGCUUGCUCCAAUCUCUGUAUAUGUGGACUCCAUCACAUCGGUACAUAAGCGUAUGGUCGACGUACUACCAAAGAGGGCCGUCUGCGAUCGGUUGCUUCAUGUGUUCCUAUCCGGCUCCGAGUCUCUCUACCGCACCGUCCACGUCCCUACUUAUAUGAACCAGUACGAGCAUUGGUGGGAUGGAACUCUUCAGUCCGAAUCCUUUUUGCCGCAACUCCUCUCAAUGUUAUGCAUUGGAUACCGUUUCUACGGAGCUGAGAAGGGUCUUGGACCCGACCGAGAAAGCAUUCAUAUUCCGACAGCAUGUUCAUUGGUCAAGGAAUGGCUCAAUACGUUGAGGGGGAAGCAGCUCAUGGAUUUCGGUACUCUGCAGGCGGAAGUGCUUGUUGUGAUGGCGCAGCGCAUGAUCAACCCAAACAACCAAGACUCAUGGACCCAGCUAGGCUCGAUAUUGCGUAUGGCUAUGACUAUGGGUUUACAUCGAGAUCCGUCAGAAUUCCCUCAAAAGAUUUCACCAUUUUGGGGGGAGAUACGCCGCAGGCUGUGGUACACUAUUUUGGAGCUUGACCUUCAAAUGUGUAUUCAAUGUAACAUGCCAGCUUGUGUCCGCGAAGGCGAUUAUACUUGCCAACCACCGAGAAACAUAGACGACUGCGAACUGACAAUCGAUAUGAGGGAGCUUCCUGAGCCGAAGCCGAUCGACCAACGCACAGAUGCACAGAUCCAAGUUUUCGCUGCAAGCACGCUUCCUGUCCGGUUCAAGGUUAUUGAUAUUGUCAACAAGCUCAAUACCCUCACAGACUACCAAGCCGUCAUUGAUUGCGGCAAUGCUUUGGAGAGAAUCUUCGAAGACAUGAGGUACAUCUUACAACGACGACAGCCCAGAAAUCAGGAAGAGGCGACACGGCUAUGGUUGACGAAGACAACCCUUGACAUGCAUCUUCGUCGCGCCCAAGUGGCUUUGUACCGACCAUUCGCCUUGAGUACGCCCGAUGUACCACAAGAGAUCUUAACAUGCUACCUGCGAUCUUCGGUGGUCAUGAUGACCUAUAUGGACGACCUAGAUGCGACUUGUCCAAACUAUACUCAGAUAUUUCACCUGCACCACCUUGUUCUGAAGCAGGAUAUCCUACAAGCAGCAUUCAGUGUUUGCUAUUACAUCAAGCAUGUCCCCGCCUCGGAGGAGGAACGAAUGUCGCCAUAUCCGUACUCGCACACACCAGGGGUGAGGCCAGACUCAUUCGCAGAAGCGUGCCUAAUUGCUACCGAGAGCUCAAUUUUGCUUUCUCGUUCUCGCCUUAUUUCAGUCACAGAACAAGCUCUGGAUGCCAUGACUAGUCGAAUCAGAGAGAUCGGCACGGAUCUAAAAGAUCUCGUAUCGCUGACAGUGGUACUAUCCCUCUGCCAGGGUGGACCGCCCGACACAGCAUAUCAGAGAGUUGUUGCUGGGUUGCACAAGAUUGUCGACGCGGGCAUACAGUCGAUGCACACCAGUCAGAACGACAUCGCUGCUAGACCAAUAAUGCAGUCUUCGCCGAUCACGAUGAAUAGCUUGAGUAACGCACAGGGCUUCAUGAACCCAGUGCAACAAUUCCUGAUUUCACCAGAGAUUUCUAAUAUGAUACCCGAUGAUUUUACGAUGUGGGAUAUGGAGUUCUGGAACCCGUUGCUCCAGAGCGGAUCAUAACCGGCGAAAGUGGAGAGUGAUGGCCAUUAUACUUAGCAACUUUAAUGAGGAGGCCUCACAGUGGUCCGAAAUGUAUAAUAUCCCUCAAGGGAAUGAUGAACGUGGCAAGCUUCACAUUGUAAUACAGCCCAGAGUUGAAGGUGUAAUUUAUAUCAGACAUUUUUUCCCCCCUUUAUUGGUGUAUUUGCCUUUUCACGUUAGCCAUAACGAUGUACAUAAUAACCAAACUUUCUUUAGUCAAGUCACUUAUCGGUAGCACGCUAGAC